CCAACCUCAUCAUCAAUCACCUCCACUAAAGAAACACAAGCUGGUGGAGCCCUCCAAGAACCUCCAGGAGAACAUCUGCCCUCGUCACGAUAAGAUGAUGGACAUGUUCUGCCGCACUGAUCAGCAGUGUAUCUGUUAUCUCUGCUCUGUGUACGAACAUAAAGACCACGACACAGUCUCAGCUGUAGCAGAAAGGACGCAGAAGCAGAGAGAGCUGGAUCUGAGUGUAGAAGAAGUCCAGCAGAGACUCCAGGACAGAGACAAAGACGUGAAGGUGCUUCAACAGGAGGUGGAGGCUCUCACUCUCUCUGCUGAUAAAGCUGUGGAGGACACGGACGAAAUCUUCACCGAGAUGAUGCAUCUCCUGCAGAGGAGAAGCUCUGACGUGAAGCAGCAGAUCAGAUACAAGCAGGAAACUGAGGUGAGUCGAGUCGGAGGCGUUCAGAAGAAGCUUCAGCAGGAGAUUGCUGCGCUGAGGAAGAGAGAAGCUGAACUGAAGCAGCUCUCACUCACACACGAUCGCACCCAGUUUCUCCUCAACUACCGCUCACUUUCCGCACUCAGUCCAUCUACACACUCGUCCACCCUCAACGUCCGUCCUCUGAGACACUUUGAGGACAUGACAGCGGCUGUGGCAAAGGUCAGAGGUCAACUGCGGGACGUCCUGACCCAGAUGUGGACAAACAUCUCAGUGGCUGUGACUGAAGGAGAUGUUUCACUGACAGAACCAGAACCAAAGACUGAAUUCUUCCGAUAUUCACAGGAAAUCACACUGGAUCCUAACACAGUAAACAAUUGGAUGUUAUUAUCUGAGGGGAAUCGAAAAGUGACAGUAACGUAUGAAGAUCAGUCUUAUUCUCAUCACACAGACAGAUUCACUGUGUGUCAGGUCAUGAGUCAAGAGAGUCUGACUGGACGUUGUUACUGGGAGGUGGAGUGGACAGGAAGAGAAGUUCAUGUGGCUGUGACGUACAAGGACAUCAGCAGAUCAGGGAGUGUAUUUGGAUUCAAUGAAAGAGGAUUUGGACACAAUGACAAGUCUUGGGCUUUAGUUUGUGACCAAAACUGUUGCAAGUUUGUUCACAACAGUAUCCGGACUAACGUCUCAGAUGGUUCAACCUCCAGAGUAGGAGUUUACUUGGACCACAAAGCAGGUCUUCUGUCCUUCUACAGAGUCUCUGACACCAUGACUCUCCUCCACAGAGUCCAGACCACGUUCACUCAGCCUGUCUAUGCUGGAGUUAGUUUUUAUUAUUCUUCACCUGGAGACACGGCCGAGUUCUGUAAACUCGAAUAGACAUCGAGCUCUUUCAGGAGCAGUGAGUUAAACUCUGUGUUCGAAUCUUUAACUUCUCUGCUCUCAUUGCAAUGACAACAGUAUGUUUAUGUUUAAAUUCCUCAAAUCCUGAGUGUUAAU